AUGCCCGAGGUGACAGAACACUCCGUCGCAACCCUCUCAGACGAAACCAAGAAGGAAUAUGCCGCCAAGCUCAAGGCUGCCGGAAACAAGGCCUACGGAUCAAAGGACUACAACCGCGCAAUCGACUUGUACGGACAAGCCCUGCUGUGCAAGGCUGACCCCGUCUUCUACUCGAACCGUGCCGCAUGCUGGAACGCCAUGUCCAACUGGGAGCGCGUUAUUGAGGACACAACCGCCGCCAUCAGCCUCGAUCCCGAAUACGUCAAGGCCCUCAACCGCCGCGCACACGCCUACGAGGAGACAAACAAGAACAGCGAGGCUCUUCUCGAUUACACUGCCAGCUGCAUCAUCGACGCUUUCCGUAACACGCAAGCCGCCGAGGCAGUCGAGCGUCUGCUUAGAAAGGUGGCCGAGGAGAAGGCCAAGGCCAUUAUGGAGAAGAAGCAGCGCCGUCUGCCCAGCGCUACCUUCAUUACCAACUACCUGCAGAGCUUCCGCGACAGACAGCUCUCUGACUCCAUCUCCGAGGGUGCCGACCUGGCCGAGAACAGCGGAAAGUGGUGGCUGCGCAAGGGUCUGUUGGCAAUGGACAAGAAGACGGGCGAGGGCUACAACGAGGCCGCCGAAGCUUACGAGAAGGCCAUUGAGGCUGGCGACCUCGGUGAGAACGAGGCUUUCGCAUACAACAUGCGCGGUACCUUCAAGUACCUGCGCGGCGAGACUGACGCCAUUGACGACCUGAACAAGAGUAUCGAGCUGGACGCUACCUUGACCCAGAGCUACGUCAAGCGCGCUAGCAUGCACCUCGAGGCCAACCGUCGCGACGAGGCAGCAAGGGACUUUGAGGACGCAGUCGCCCAGAACGACAAGGACCCCGACGUUUACUACCAUCGCGCACAGCUCAGCUUCAUCCUCGGUGACUUCCCUGAGGCAGCUAAGGACUACCAGAAGUCGAUUGACCUUGACCCUGGCUUCAUAUUCUCUCACAUUCAGCUUGGUGUCACCCAGUACAAGAUGGGCAGUGUUGCUUCAUCCAUGGCCACUUUCCGCCGCUGCAUGAAGAACUUCGAGAAGGUGCCCGAUGUCUACAACUACUACGGUGAGCUGUUGCUCGACCAGCAAAAGUUCCAGGAGGCCAUUGAGAAGUUUGAGACCGCCGUCCAGAUGGAGCAGAAGGAGCGCGUCACUGGCAUGAACGUCCUUCCCUUGAUCAACAAGGCUUUGGCUCUCUUCCAAUGGAAGCAGGACUUCACAGCUGCUCAGGAACUGUGUGAGAAGGCUUUGAUAAGUAAGUCUUAUUUGUUUCUCGUGCAUUCUGCGACCAAAGAUGCUAACUAA